AUGCACCCAACCUCCGACCUUCAACCUUCAACAACCCAUCCUCAAUAUUCUCCCCCCUCCCUCUUCCCAACACCAAACCACACUCACCUCCAUAACUCCACAUUGAUAAUCCCAACCACAAGCAUGGACUACAACGCGCUCAGCAUCAAAGAGCUCCUCGAUCGCCUCUCAGAUCUCGGUAUACAAAAACCAACAUUCAAAGAAGGCCUUAUUAUUCUCCUCCAAUAUCACUCUCGCCAUAUCCAUCGCCAACAACAGGCUACGGAACUAGCUGCUAUCGAACGGAAGAUUCUUGAGGGAGAAACUGAAUUGACGGUUUCGCAUACGCAGACGGAUGUUAUGAAUAUUGAAGGGGAUAUGGACCACAAGGAUAAAAAUGAUAAUGGGAAGAAUUCCGAUGCUCUUGUAUCUCUCAAAGGUCAAGGAGAAGAUAAAGAUGACAAUGAAUCUACAAAUGUGCGGGUGGGAAAUGAUGCGAUUGCAGUUCAACUUGAACUUUCGGCACGAAAUCAGAUUCAAAAUCCAAAUACAGAUCCAGAUCCACAUCCAGACCCAAAGCAAGACCAAAACUCAAAUGAGCCAACCAACCCACUAAAACGAAAACUCGGGGAAGUUCGUCUCCGAAUCUCUCAAGAGGAAGAGAGGAAGCGGAUGAAACUGAAAUUCAAAAUAUUACUCUCAAAAACUCAAACUCAAACUCAAACUCAAGUACAGCUUCAAUGA